AUGAAUUGGGUGAAGUUAAGGGUCAAAAGCUAUUUUAUAACCAUCACGAUAUUAUCGAAGCUGCUUACCACUAUCCAGAAACCAAACUACAUAGCAGUGUACACUAAAGUAUCCAUAACAAUUACGCCUGAAUUCGGAGCUGCAAACUUAACAGCGAAGAAUGAUAUGACAUGGGACUUUAAUUUCACUCUUUCUCAGAAUCUGCAAAAUCCUGAAAUGCAUAUUGAUGUCUACGAACUGUUAGAUAGUCAAUUUUCCCGACGAUUUUUUAAAAUAUCAUUAAAAAUCUGCGACCUUAAUCGAAUGAUUAAAGCCAGUCCAUUUCUGAGGGUAGCAGCAAUCAUGCUUAAGGAACGUACAAAUCUUCGACUAGAAUGCCCAUUAGCUGCAGGACAUUAUUAUAUGCGAAAUGUAGAAUUGAAAAUGGAUUUGAUUCCAUUGAGAUUAUUUUAUAGGCCGAACACUACUGAUAUUAUUAAUGUCGUACUAACUACAGAAAAAAUUAAAGGCCGUAAAGUUAAGGCUACCCAUACUUUUAUGGAGGCUAAAAUUAUAAAGGCAAAAAGUCACCGAAAAAUAAUUAUAUUAAAUUCUCAUUGCUUCCAACCUGGUUUUAUUUUAAAUUAG